AUGUCUUCAAUCAAUGAGGAGCGGGCCUUAUCACUUGCUAGAGAUGAUGAAAUAGUGGUGGAACAAAAUACAAACAGGUUGGAAGAUAUAUCAGAAUGGACCCCACUAAAAAUGACCUGGGAUGAGAAAAUGAAAUUGGAAUCAAUGAAAGAGAAAGCCACACAAAAAGCGCUAGAAAGAAAUAAAAAAGAAUAUCAAAAUUAUUUAAUCUCUGAAUCUGAACGGAGAAAACAUGAGAGGGAGAAAAGACAUUCAUUAAAAAAUCUAAUCCGAAAAGAAAGGGAAGGGGCCAUAUCACUGUUAAAAAGAUCCUUACAAUCAUCGUUUAGGCAAGAACGGACUUUGGAAACGCAAGAAAAUGGAAGAAGAAUGAGGGAAGAAAAGGCUUGGGAGAAAAGUGAAGCAUGGGGGUGGCCGCCGAUAAAUGAUUGCAAAAGGACCCGAGAAAUGAAUGAUAGAAGAAGAGAAAUUGGGCUCCAGAUAAACGAGAAAAUGUUGGAAAAAUACGCGGAAAAUAAUUCAAAACGCGUUGAACCUUUUGACGAUGCGUUUGUAGUUAUGGGCAAACCAGAAUUAAGAAAAGGAGACCCGACAUAUGAUGAAUUAGUGGAAGCCGCCCUAAAGAACCCGUAUAUACUGAAGGAUUUGAGAAGAGAUGUGGAAGAGGACUGGAAGAAAAAGGUUACGAAAGAUUGGAGCAGAAAGCCGAAUAUAGGGGAGAAUUAUGGAAGGGGAAGAGAGAGAGAAAAGAGAGGUUGGAAUUGGGAAAGAGAUGUGAGAGGAAGUGGAAAGAGAAUAACCCCAACAAGAGAGCCGAUAAAAAUAGUUGUGGAAGAAAAAGGGAAUAGUGGAAGCACGUUGGAAGAGAAGAAAAAGAAAUUAAUGGAGGAAUUGGAGGCGUUGAAAGCAGAAGAGGAGAAGGAAGAACAAAAGAGAAGAGAAGAAGAGGAAGAGAAGAAAAAGGUGGAGGAAGAAAAACGAGUGAGAGAGGAGCAGAAAGGGAAACCGGAUUUUGAUUGGGCGCAGAAAUUGUGGGAGAAUGAAUCGCGGGCGUUAAAAAUUUAUGAAGAAUUGAGAAAAGUGCGCAAAUUAUGGGAGGAAAAAUUGGAUGAGGAAGAGAAAGAAAAGUGGCAGAAAAUAAAGAAGAGUGAGAAUUGA